AUCGUUUUUAAACUUAUACGUAUUAAAAGCUCUCGAAAUUUGUAACACUAUUUAUUGUUUCCUUAUAUUGAAAUGUGACACAAAAUCUUUACAGAUUGCAUUACUAAAAUAAUAUUCAAAUACACUGCUUCGUAACCGAAUAACUUGGAUAAAAAGUGCGGGAAAGUUCAGUGUGUAAUUAUAUCAACAAACAUGUCUUCGUCCGAAAUUCUGAAGGAUGUAAUGAAUAUGGAGGAGACUCUAAAAUGUAAAGUUUGCAAGAAUCUGCUUUGUGAUCCAUUACUCAUUGGAAAAUGUGGACAUACUCUAUGCAAAAAUUGUUUUGAAGGCAUUUCUGACUCAAAAUGCCCUGUCUGUAGAGUUCCUGUGAACAGCAGAGAUUCAUUAGAAGAUAAACAGUUAAAAGAUGUACUUGUACAGCUAAACAAAUUGAAAAAUAUCCUUGAAAUUGAACAAAAUUUAAAUAAAAAUCAUGCAUCAGAAGAUCUUGAAACCUCCAAGGCAAAAAUUGCAUGUUCGGAUGUUUCUCAUGGAUUGUCUGCAGUCACCAAUGGAAAUAAAAUGGAUUCUCCAAAAUGCUCAACACCAAAAACAAAAUUGUGUAAAAUGUUUUUGUCUAAAAAUGCUUCAAAAGUGUCAAGUAGUGAAGAAAGCAUAGUUGAAGAAACGCAAGAAAAUACAUCAGUCAAGUCUUUAUCAAAAAGUGCAAAGAAAUGUGCAGCAUUUUCUAAUGCAUCUGAGAAAAAGAAAUUAUCUUCUAAGGUUUCAGAUGUACCUGUGCAGUCACCUUCUAAUCUAAAUAAAAAAAAUCAUAAAGGUGAAACACUGCUUCAUCGGGAAGUUAUUAAAGGAAAUAUUGAUAAAGUGAAGAAACUCUUAGAUGAUGGAGCUUUAGUAAAUACUCAAGAUAAUAAUGGUUGGACACCUCUGCAUGAAGCUAGCAGUCAUGGUUAUGUUGAAAUAGCAAAAUUACUUCUGGAUCAUGGAGCCCUUGUAAAUGUUCCUUCUCUGAAAGAUAAUAUUACUCCCCUUCAUGAUGCUCUGAUUAAUGAAAAGAUGCAAAUUGCCAUACUUUUAGUUUCUAGAGGUGCUGAUUUACAUUUAAAAACCUCUCUUGGAAAUACUGCUUUGGACUUAUGUAAAACUGAUGAGGACAGAAAUAUUUUAAUUGAUGCUUGUUCUCCAUUUAUUAGUUCAAAUAUUUUAAUUCCAAGUGAUAAGGUGGAAGCUGAUAAAAAUGAAAAAAUUGUUUUCUUGCCUACUAAUUUAGCUGAUCACCAAAAGAUCCAGCUGCAGAAAUGUGCACAGUUAUUAAAAGCAGAUAUUGUGGAUGAAUUCAACCAUAAUGUUUCUCAUAUAAUAACAUCAUGUGACAGCAUGGGAAAUUGUACUCGUACAAUGAAAGUUUUAAUGGGAAUGUUAUCUGGUAAAUGGAUUAUUAAUUCCCAGUGUAAGUCAGUUUUUAUUGAAACUUUUAUAUAUAGUUAUUCAGAUUAAUACAAGUAAUUUAAUU